GGAGUUCCCCGCCCGCCCCCUUCACACCAUGCCCGGCCGCCUGCCUUCCCGGCAUCACUCCCUGCUCGGCCAGGAGCGCCCACGGCCUUCAGCUCUCCAGUACAUCCUGUCAGGGCUGGGUGCUGCGUGAGGUGCGGUCCGGGGCUCCCCCCACCCCCUGAUUGAGGGGUGUGUUGGGGAGGGCAGAGAAGGGGGGGGUGACCGCGUCCUGCCGGCCCGCCCCGCACCAGGCACGGGGCUCGCCCGGCCAGCAUGGCUCUGUAGGAUGCGGCCGUUUAUCCAGCUGCCUUACUGCGGAGAGCCGAGAAACGUGCGGCUUUCACCCCAGCGUCCCGGCUCGGGACUGGCCUGCGAUCGGAGAGUAACGCCCACAGCACAGAAAACGCAUCGGCUGCAGGCACAGGAGAAUUUGAAAGGAUUGUUGCAGUGACUCCAUCUGAUUCUGACAAAUUUUAAGAAGUGCUGGAUAAACGGCAACACAAUGAGUUCCCGUGAUGCAGCAAUAAAGACUGAAAAAAGAGAUGAGAGUGAAGUGAAUGCUGAGUUGUGGCACGAUGAAUCCAAAGAUCACAAGAGCAACAAUAACGUUAAUGAAAACGCACGUGAGGUAGCGGAGAUCUGUGUUGUGAUUGGUGAGGAUGGGGCUCAACGCUGUUCUGAGCAGGAUCAACCCAAUAGUCAAUCCAGUGAUAUUGACGGGCACCCUGGGAAAUCCAGCCAAAUGAAUGAUCAGGAGGAAAACAUGGAGUGGAAGCCACAGCAGCAGGCUUCACUAAAGGCCUAUAUAUGUGGUGCCUGUGGGAAGAAAUACAAGUACUACAGCUGCUUCCGGGCACAUGUGAGAGCACACCUAGAAAAUGAAACCUCCUCUGUAUCAGCUGAAAAUUCUCCACAGGCAAAAAAUUUUAGGUAUAUGUGUGACAUUUGUGGCAAGAAAUAUAAAUAUUACAGCUGUUUCCAAGAACAUCGGGAUUUGCAUGCAGUGGAUGAUCCAUAUGAUCAUGCGGUUGAGACACCAGCAGAAGUGAAAACUGAACAGGUGGACGAAAUUGUACGCAACCCUGGAUCAAAGACAGGUAGUUAUAUCUGUGAAUACUGUGGCAAGCGAUACAAGUAUUACACUCCUUACCAGGAACAUGUGGCUUUGCAUGCAUCAUCUGAUGCAGAAAGUCCUCUUGUCAAAAGAAAUGAAGCUAAACUGCCAAAUGCCUGUGAAGAAAACAAUAGCUCUCAGAAUUCUAGUGGUGGUGCCAGUGUACAGAAAUCAGACCCUCCUUCUGUAAAAAAUGGUUCUACUUGUCAGACCUGUGGAAAUGAGCACAAACACUGUACCUGCUUAAGGCAACAGGCACAUAAUAGCCGAGCUAGAGAGCAGUACACGUGUGGGGCAUGUGGGAUUCAGUUCCAGUUUUACAACAAUCUAAUAGAGCACAUGAAUUCCCACGCAGCUGAUAAUGAAAACAGCAUAGCGAUUAAACAAGUGCAAUCACCACGGACGUCGACGACGACAACGACGACUACUACUGCUACUGCCGCCGCCGCCACCGCUUCUGCUGCUGCUGCCGCCACUACAUCCACUACCCCUGUUGUUGCUACAGCUGCUGCUUCUCCAGAGAAGAAGAAUGCCCAUCGCCAGAGUAACUGCACAAAUGAUGUGAAUAGCUCUGUCCUUGAAAAAGAACGCCAACAUGUUGCCGAGAAGUUGCUGAGGGUGAUGUGCGCUGAUCUGAAAGCACUUCCUGUGAUUAAUGGCAAAGACUUUGUGAAGCUUGCACAGACACUCGUGGACAUCGGAGCACGUUAUGGAUCCUUCCCUGUAGGUGAUGUCCUUGGGGAUAUGAACACUCUUGCUCUGAAACACCUACCCAGAAUGUACAACCAGGUGAAGGUCAAAGUGACAUGUGCACUGGGCAGUAACGCUUGCUGGGGGAUAGGCGUCACCUGUCAUUGUCAGAAUGUGGGGUCGGAGUCUUUCUACAUCCUAACAGCACAUCAGGUGGAGGGGUUGCAAAUUAAAAGGUAUGUGCUGGGUAUUAAAGAGGUCGAUGGGAAAGAAACUGGUGAGCAGGUUCACCAGUGGGUCUUGAAUGUCCUUUCAGAAUUUGUCAUGUCAGAGAUGCAAACGAUCUAUGUCACGGAUAGCAAAGUCAGCUCUGCCGCAUUGUUGAAAGCUGGGAUGUGCCUGCGAUGUUCAGCCUGUGCAUUGAACUCAACAGUAAGGAGUGUACUUAAUGAAAGAACAUUGCAGGCACAAAACAUGCCAGAGGUUACUGAACUUGUGAGUAACUGCAUACAGAUAAUGAGUUCACUGGAACAAGGAACUGGCACUCCAGAGUUGUCCAGCAUUCUUGAAGGGCAUCAGGCUCCUUGUUGUUGGAAUUCUGUUGCAGACUCUCUCCUCCUCGUACAUGACAAGUAUGAACAAUUACGAGAAUUAAUCAGCAGCAGAAAGGAACUCAAACACUUCCAAAAUUGCAAUAAAACUUUGUUGAGUAAUCUUGCUGCCAUUUUGACACCAGUGAAGCAGGCUGUAAUUGAACUGAGUUGUGAAAACAAACCAACAUUGCAGCUUGUGCUCCCAACCUACAUCAAACUAGAGAAACUCUUCACUUCCAAAGCUAACGACGCAGGCAGUGUAAGCAAACUCUGCCACCUCUUUCUGGAAUCUUUGAAGGAGAACUUCAAAAUGGAGAAUGCUCACAAAGUAGCAAUGGUGCUUGACCCACACUCUAAGCAUUUGAGGUCGGUGCCGCAUUACCAACAAGAGGAAGUAAUUAGUCGAGUGUGUGAAAUGAUUUCGGAUAUUGGGCAGUCUUGCGAAGAUGUCGUUGAAUUUCAGCCAGCGAGAAAGAGAGUGCGCGGGAUUAGUGAAAACCCGAAAAACCCCUCGGAGGCAAAUCGGGAUGAACGCAAAGAGGAAGUAUUUCAAUAUCUAAAGGAACCUGUGCCCAAUAAAACAACAGAUCUGUUUAGUUACUGGUCAAAUACCACUCAAAAGCAUCCCAAGUUAGCCAAACUUGCCUUCUGGCUUUUGGCUGUGCCAGCAGUUGGUGCGAGAAGUGGCUGUCUGAAUAACCUUGAGACAUUUUCAGGAAAGCAGAAGAAGCAGCUGACACCAGAGGUGAUGAACAAACUAAUGUUUCUGAAAUCCAACCUGCAGUAGCUGCCUCUCUGACUGACACAUUGGUGCUUUAAAGCAAAACUUAACCCAGGUGGUGAAGUCCGUUUUAUUACAUAACUUUUUUCUUACUGUGAUCAUUUUUGUGUCUUAUUUCUGUGAUCUACGUGGUAUUUGUCGAGACGUUCUCGGUGAGCUGCCCCCUCCCCCGAUGGCUCAUUGGGCCUGUCCAGUGAGUGGUUGGACAAUGCAGGCCAGGAAUUUCCCAAAGUUGAUCCCUGAUCUGUACCCAGGAAAUAACAGGAUGGGUAUCAAUUGACUGUUUUUGGGCCAUGCUAUUAUUAACCUAAGUAAAUAGUUAGUGUUGUUCAUUGAACGUGUUUCCUGGACCAAGGACAUGGGCUGUAUUGGUUGCACAGUUUGCAACACAUUGGCUAAUGCUACAUUUUAAUUGAAGUCACCAAGCCAGAAUUGGAGCAUGCAUUAAGCUAUGGAAAAUCUGUAGCUUGUUUAUUUUGCGCUUCCAACAGCCACCAGGGUCAAAUCUACACGCCCUCAAUCAUGUUACUGUUGUCUCUGCCAAUGCCCUGUUUGUGUGUACCAAAUACGCAAAGGAUAAAAUGGUUUUAUUCUCAACUGUUUAAAAAAAGGCAGCAGAUAAUGGGAGUUGAGAAGUCCGAUUCCCAGCCAAAGUUCAAGUCUUUCACGGUUUUCCACUCUGCCUGUGUUCUCCUGGCUUUGUACUGAUAACCACCUUUAACAUGGGCAAUUGUCUCUAAUUGCAAUGUUGCAGAUGGUGCUGUUGUAUAUUACUUGUCAAAAUCAGUGGAACUAUUAUCUUCUAUAUGAGAUGUCUGCUAUUUCAAAAGUGGUUAUCUGACAGUCAUUUAUAUUAUUAAAAUGUCAUGUUCUCUGAAUAGAAAGUUCCCAGACUAUGAAAUUUGAUGUCCAAAUUGAUGUGGAACGAUGAGAAUUUAAUAUUAAAUAUUUAUCAGUUCAGUGAGAGGAAUGUCUGACUUUCAGAUACCUGCUAUAUAUAUACAUAUAAUAUAUAUAUAUAUAUAUAUGGCAAAGAUUGCUCAGUAACUGCUCCUUUUGAGACAUGAAAGGGAUGUGUUAGCAAAUGUUGAACUUGUUUGAUUUUAACUGGUUUUAUUUUAAACUAUGAAAGCCAUACUCAACCAAAUAUGAAAAUACAACAAUCCAAAAACAGUGUGCCACUACUGACGAAAGUGUCUGGAAAUCUUUGAUGCGAAACAUAACUGAACAAAAUAUCACUGCGCAGAGCAACUCUCUUCCAUUCCCCAUUUUGUACAAUGCCUCUGGUUUGUAAAUCCACUCCUAAGCCGAUAUCAAAACCAAAAUAAAUUUCCGCCGUUUGUUUAUCAUUAAAGCAAAGCAAUGUAUAGCAUCAAAGGAGUCUAUUGUGCCCAUGCAAAACAAAAAUAGACAAUAGUUUGAUCCCAUUACAUAGCGCUGUCCAUGGGUCUGCAGGCACAGUUCUCAAGUCCUGAUCUUUUUAAAACUACUUUCUGCUUGCCCCUCUCUUUCAGGCAGUGAACUCCAGAUUAUGGAAAUAUAAUUCUCAACUCCCCAUUACCCUAUGAUCUUACAUAAGUGCCCCCCUAGUUAUUGUCCUCUCUGCUAAAGGAAAGGAAAUGUCUCGUUGCUGUUUAUCCUGUCUAGGCCUCUAAUAAUUUUAUGCACCACUAUUAAAUCUCUCUUUGUCUCCUUUGUUCCAAAGAAAACAAUCCAGCAGAGACGGUCUCUAAAUUUCAAUUCUGACUUUGGCAGCUUUCUUGUUUAUCUGUACUAAAGUUGGCUGAAAUAAAUGACAAAUAAGUUACAUAA